AUGGUGAUGGCAGCUGCCAGAAAGAAAGAGCUAUAUGAACAAGGUUCUACUGUCCCUCCACCUAACAGAGAUUCUAGAGCAAUGGACAAGUUUGGCAAGCACGUUUAUGCUUCGGCCACUUUCAUGCUGAGAGCACUCAACUAUCUGGCACAUUUUACUGGCCUGCAGAGAGACCUGUCCAAGGAACUCUCUGAUUCAUUGGUGGAGACCAUGCUGACAGAGGACUAUGGAAAAGUUUCUCCAAAGCUGGCCACUCUUUCUUCCCUUGUCAGUUCAUCCAUGAGGCUUAUAUCUCACUCAGCAGAGGGUACCUCAUGGGCAGUUGACUCAGGUAUUGCUGAAACCUACAGAGAAGAAAAGAAGAAGGCUAAAAAUGAUUUUCUCCACAGCUUUUUAGACCCAGGUGUUACUAUCAUGGAAGAUUGGCUGAAGAUUCAAGGGGUCUUUAAGACAUGGUCCAAAGUGUGGUGUGUUCUGAAGCCUGGGAUGCUCAUUAUUUAUAAAAACCCAAAGAAACGUGCAUGGGUUCGGACAGUUCUACUGAAAGACUGUGCUGUUAUUGAACAACCAUCCGUGAAAAAUUACUUCUGUUUUAAACUCUUCAAUCAAUCUGAACAGUCAAUCUGGGCACGUAAGGGUCCCAAAGGGGAAAUAUUUGGCACCAUAACACAGCCCUACCCAAGAAGCUAUAUAAAAAUCCAGACAAUAUCAAAGCAUUAUGAAUCACUUCUCACCAAAGACUACUCAGGACUCAACUCUUCCACUAAAGAAAAGGUUUCAUCACACAACCAGUUUCAUGGUUUCUCUUGGGUCUCCUUCAAACAUCUGGCUCUUCAAGUCGGCCUGACCUCCUCUCUUUCUGAGUUUUCCUUUCUUCAUGGUACUCCUCCUCUGGAAGAUCUCCUCAAGGUAAUCCAUUCUACCUCGUCAGACAAUUUAAGCCAAGGACAGAUUCACCCAACUCCUGGGGCCUCUGCUUUUGGAAUCUGGUAUUUGUUUUUCCGAAUCUGUGACAGGAAAAAUGAACAGAAAGACUUCAAGGAUCUUUCAUCAGAUAAGGAAAAUGAGCAUGGUCAUGAAGAGUCAGAUGAUGAGGAUAUUGACUGUAACAUCUCUGAAAGACAAGGUGUGCCAGGCACUGGUGGUCUUGGUGAGAGUGGUGAGGACACUCCUGAAAGACAAGAAAAAUCCUGUGUGGACCCAGAGGCAGGUGACAUUGUGAACGAAAGUACUUAUAUGGAAGAAGGUGACGAAGAAAUAAAAAAGAAUGAUGACGCAAAUGAGACUAAAACUGCCCGUGAGGAUGUCAAAACUGUGAUUUGGUCAAUUGCAAAGCAGAUCAAACCUGGUACAGAUUUGUCCGACAUUGUACUUCCCACAUGCCUCGUGGAACCUCGUUCAUGCUUACAUGCAAUGUCUGACUGUUAUUAUCACGUUGACCUUCUUUCAAAGGCUGUAUUGGAAGAGAAUCCAUACCAUCGCAUGAAACUUGUGGUAAGGUGGUAUCUUUCUGGGUUUUAUCUAAGGAGUCAGAGUGUGAGAAAACCAUACAGUCCAGCACUUGGUGAAACUUUCCGAUGCAUGUGGGUCCAUCCAGAAACCAAAAGCAAGACGUUCUAUAUAGCAGAACAGGUAUCUCGUCACCCCGAUGUGUCUGCUUUCUUUGUGAGUAAUAGAAAAGAUGGCUUUUGCCUCAGUGGCAGCUUCAAGGUCAAAUCAAAAUUUCAUCCUACUUCUUUAUCUACCGUCUUGGACGGCAGUGUUAAACUUAACUUCCUAGCUCAUGAAGAAGUCUAUGUCUUCACAUUACCAGAUGUGCAUUGUAAAGGUUUUUUGUCUGGCACAUUGACUUCAGAAUUUGGUGGGACAGCAACAAUUACAUGUGAAAAAUCGGGUUACAGUGCAAAGCUGGAAUUCAAACUGAAGCCAUUACUAGGUGGCAGUCUCAAUCAAGUAGUUGGGAAGAUCAAAAUGAAAAAAGAAGACUUGUCUACAGUGGAAGGCCACUGGGCAAGUCUUUCCCUAAAGAAACAUCCAGGAAUGAAAUGUUAUCACAACUAA